ACGGGCCCGAACGCGGGCGGCAAGUCGUCGAUCGCGCGCGCGGUGGCGCUGGCCCACGUCUUCGCCCAGGCCGGCGGGCCCGUGCCCUGCGAGCGCGCCGACAUGCCCCUGCGCGACGCCAUCUUCACGCGCAUGGGCGCGGCCGACGACCUGGCCGCGGGCGCGUCGACGUUCCUCGCCGAGCUCCGGCGCGCGGCGCUGCCGCUCAACGAGGCGACGGCGGCGUCCUUCGUGAUCCUGGACGAGCUCGGCCGGGGCACGUCGACGCACGACGGCGUCGCCGUCGCCGCGGCGACGCUCGCGCACCUCGUCGACGAGGUCCGGGCGACGACGCUCUUCAUCACGCACUACCACGACCUGGCCAAGGCCGCCGCGGCGGACCACGCGCGGGUCCGCAACGUCCACGUCGCCUACGCGCGCGUGCCCCGCGACGACGCGAACGACGGCUUCGACGACGACAUCGUCAUGCUCUACAAGCUCGAGCCGGGGCUCGCCGACGCGUCCUUCGGCAUCUACGCCGCGCGCGCCGCGGGCGUGCCGCCCGCGGUCCUCGACCUCGCGCGCGCCAAGGUCGGCGAGCUGCGCGGCGCGAAGUAA